AUGUCGGACUUCGAGGACGAUAUGGACGUGGACGCCCCACCCUCGAAAGACACCUCCAUACAGUUCAAUUCAGAUAAUGCUGCAGCGAAGGGAAAGCGGAUAGCGGCCGAUCUGCCGGUGGAAGCAGAAGACAACCUGCCAUGGGUCGAGAAAUACAGACCGAACACAUUAGAGGAUGUUGAAGGCCAUAAAGACAUCAUCUCUACCAUAAACCGCUUCGUCGAGCAGAACCGGCUUCCACAUCUCCUCUUGUACGGUCCUCCAGGUACCGGCAAGACAUCCACCAUCCUAGCGUUAGCACGACAGAUCUACGGAGCAAAGAAUAUGAGACAAAUGGUCCUCGAGUUGAACGCAUCAGACGACCGUGGUAUCGAUGUUGUACGAGAACAGAUCAAGACAUUCGCCUCGACCAGACAGAUCUUCUCGACAGGCGGAAAGGCACCGACGAAGUCAGGCCUUGGUGCUUUUAAGCUCAUCAUUCUCGACGAGGCCGACGCCAUGACGAGUGCCGCGCAGAUGGCGCUGAGACGAAUCAUGGAGAAGUACACCGCCAACACCAGAUUCUGCAUCAUUGCAAAUUACACACACAAACUCACACCCGCUCUGCUGUCGAGGUGUACACGAUUCAGAUUCUCGCCGCUGAAAGAGGACGACAUCCGACAGCUUGUUGAUCACGUGGUGUCUGGAGAGAACAUCAACAUCCAAGCAGAUGCAGUUGACUCACUGGUGAAGCUGUCGAAAGGUGAUAUGAGACGUGCGCUGAACGUGCUUCAAGCAUGCCAUGCCGGGUCAAGGCCACUGCCAAUACGCGGACAGCCACCUAUCAAAGACUCGGACAUCAAGUACGAAUUGAUCACUGUUGCUACGAUAUACAAUUGCAUUGCUGCGCCAAAUCCAGAGGACAUUCGGGAGAUUAUGGCCACGUUGUUGAAAACAGCUGACGUCACAUCAUGUCUGACCACUAUCAACAAAAUCAAGCAGAGUCGAGGCCUUGCAUUAGCGGAUAUUCUGCAAGAGCUCGUCGAUCAGUUGAAUAAGCUAGAUGUCAGUGCGGCGACGAGAGUGACUUGGCUUCAGGGUCUGUCAGACAUAGAAUAUCGCUUGGCCGGAGGUGGAAGCGAAGGGAUUCAGACAGGUGGAAUGGUCGGAGUAGUGAGGACUGGUGUGGAGCUGAUGGGCGACAAGGGUGUCAAUGGCGAGAGUAUGGCUCUUGACUGA